GCUACUCCUAGCGCCAGACUCAAUAAUACAUCGAACGCAAUCGACCCAUCACUUAUACCUCCCUUUGGCGUUACAGCCGGCCAGAAUCCGGACGGCACAGGGAAUUGCAUUGGCAUUAACAAUGUCAAAAUACCCUGCAACUGUCCACCAGACUUCAACAUCUUUGCUGCCAAGCUAAGUCAAUUUGCCGCUGUCGGAAACGCACGCGGCUCGCUACUGAGUUUUCCGUUGGGAAACGAUGCUGCAAGUAAGACAGCAAGAAUCAAGGCGAGCAUAGUGACAUUACAGAAUCUUAAUGGGAAGGGAGUUGGAUGUCCG